GGAAUUGCUAUUUCCUGAGUACCCGGACCCAGGAAAGAAGCAUGAAGUGGCUUGUGAUCCUCGGGCUGGUGGCCCUCUCAGAGUGCUUAGUCAUAAUCCCUCUAAGGAAGGUCAAGUCCAUUCGAGAAAACCUCAGGGAAAAAGGGUUGCUGAAAAAUUUCUUGGAUGAACAUCCUCAUGACAUGAUCCGGAGCCGCCUGACGGAAAAUUCUGCCCCACAGAAAAAAAACACUACACUGCCCCUGAGAAACUACUUGGAUAAAGUCUAUGUGGGCAACAUCAGCAUUGGAACACCCCCCCAGCAGUUCAGCGUGGUCUUUGACACGGGCUCAGCUGACACAUGGGUGCCCUCCACCUACUGCCAAAGCAUGGCCUGUGUUACACACAACACCUUCGACCCUUUUCAAUCCACCACCUUCCAGUUCCCAGGCUUCAUCGUUGAGCUACAAUAUGCUACUGGGACAGUAACAGGAUUCCUUGGCUAUGACACCAUUCAGGUGGGGGACCUUAUCAUCAAGAACCAGGCAUUUGCUAUCAGCCAGUCAGAGGAUGACGUGGUCUUUGAAAAUGCACCCUUUGAUGGCGUCGUGGGCCUAAGUUUUCCCAGCAUGGCCAUCGAAGGAACCACCCCCAUCUUCGACACUAUAAUGAAUCAAAGCCUCAUCACUCAGACUGUCUUUGCCUUCUACUUGAGCAGCAACACACAGGAGGGCAGCGUGGUGAUGUUUGGUGGCGUGGACAAGAAAUACUACAAAGGAGAGCUCAAGUGGGUGCCCCUGUCGCAACCCCACUACUGGCAGAUACCUUUGGACAAGAUCACCAUCAGAGGGAGUUCUGCUGCUUGUAAACGCGGCUGCCCUGGCAUCCUGGAUACCGGGACCUCGUUGCUGAUGGGCCCAAAGAAUCAAGUCUACAAGCUCCAUAAGCGCCUCCCCGGCAUUUACCUACGGAAUGUGUACCUGAUCCAAUGUCAAGACAUCAACUCCCUGCCCGACAUCACCUUCACCAUUAACGGCACCGACUACCCAGUGCCAGCUCGAGUCUACGUCCAAAAGAGUUUUAAUGGCUUCUGUCUGAGUGGCCUUAGAGCACGCACAGACACUUUCCCCCCCAAGACGGCCUGGAUCCUGGGUGACGUCUUCUUAAGGAUGUACCUCACCGUUUUUGAUCGAGGACAGAACAGGAUUGGCCUGGCUACUGCGGUGUAAAUGCUGGGGUUGCUUCCAGAAACAAUCAGGCCCACCCUCCAAACACACAUUCGCUCACACCAAGGGCAUUAUCGCCCAGGGAGAGCCACUUGAAUGGGGUUCCAUGCUCUGUAAAGCCCUGUCUCUGUAAAGAAUAAAGGAUUGCCUUUGCAACCAA